AUGAGUGAUCAACCUUUCUCAUCGACAAAGUUAAAACAAUUUCUAAGUGAAGAACAAAUUGAAGUCGAACGACAACAACGACAAGCUGAUUGGGAACGUGUACGUUCAGCAGCUGAUCCAAUUGAAGCCCCAGCUGAAGUAUUUGAUUCAAGAUCUCUUUAUGAAAAACUUAAAACUCAACAUGAUGCUAAAAAGCAAGAAUUUGAAAAUAUGUGGGCAGCAAAAAAUUCAAUUCGUGGUCUUGAUGAAGAUGAAACAACUUUUUUAGCUCGUAUUGAUCAAGCAAAAAUUGAUAAAAAUCCUCAAAAAGAAUUCGAAACAACUACAGCAAAUACUCGUUCAACAUCAGCUAAACCACAUGUUGCACAACCACCAGCAGUCAAUAAACAAAAGCAGUUACUUACUGGGAUUGUUAAACGAAAAGGUGUAACAAAUGAAUCAUUGAAACGUCCAUUAGAAGAUGAUGAUGAUGAUGAUAUUGAAGAUAAAGAGAAACAAACAAUAUUACAACCACCAGCUCGUUUACCACGUUUACUUAUUCCAGGUGGUCGUUUACCUGGUAUAGGUCCAACUGAUGGUUUUUCUGAUUCAUCUGAUUCAAAUGAAAGUAGUGAUGAUGAUGGUCUAUCACGAUAUUCAAGUGGUGUUGGUAUACAAUCAAUAGCACAACGAAAAAAAUUAGCUAAACAAUUACAAGAUCUUGCUGCAGAAUCAACUGGUGGAUGUGAAUGA